CUUCUCUUAGUCCUUCUGGUGUCUCUUCUCCCAUCAUCAGCAGCUGCAUGCCAAGCCUGCAACUUCCGAACCACCCACCAAAAUGUCCUUUUGUAGCUCUCUUUUUUCACUUCUUACUCAUCAUCUUUUGUCACCUCUCUCUUCUUCCACUUUCUCGUGUUCCACUCACCAAAACAACGACAAAGUCUUCAGCUUUCGCCUCUUUCUUGAACCCUUGAAAAAACCUGAAUUUUUCCAAAAAAGAUCCUAUUUUGAUGCUUAAUAUUGUAUGUUUAGGUGUAAAGAAAAGUGCUCAUUUUUCCUUUGUUCUUGAUGGUUCUCUUAGUUCAGUCAGUCAAAGCCGUAUCUUGGUCCCUUUUGGUUCUUUCAGGCCUUAACUUCAGUUUGCUCAGGUUUAUCUCUGAUCUACUUGCAGAUCUUCAAGGCUCAGCUUUUUCUGAGUUCUGGUCAGUUUUUUCUAAUUCCCCUCUCUUGUUUGGUAGAAUUCUUUGAAAAUUCAGCUGAAGAUUCAUGAUGGCAUCUUUUGGGGAUAGUGUCAGCUAAUUGUAGCUUUGAUUGAAUGCAAAAAGCUUCUGUUUUGUUCAUUUUGAAGGUGGCCAAGUCAGCUGGAUAUUUUCUAUUCAAACAUUUGUAACUAAUUAGAGAAAUCUAUUGUCAGGUAGUUGGAGUUUCUGAUCUUUUAGAUACUCAAAGAUUUAGUUCCUGUUAAUUUUAAUCAGUUUUGCGAGAUACAUAGUUCUUAUUCUUCUUUCUUUUUCCUAGUCAUUCCACAGCUUUGGGUAGAGGGAUCAGUUUUGAAGGUAAUAGCUUGGCCAUAUUCAAGCUAUUUUCUGGAUGAUUGUAUGGUGGUUGUCUUUUCAUCAACUAGUUUUCUAGUGUCAGAACCCUUUGCCAAUUUUGGCAUCCUUAGCUAUGUGAGGUGAUAGUCAAGAAGAUUUUGUUUCGUAAAUCACCUCUUGGUGCUUUAUAUCAAAAUGUCUGGAAAUGAUCAUUGUUUUGUCGAGUGGAAGGAGGAAUUUGUUUCACAGGAGCGUGGUAACCGUGUGGUUCACUAUUUCUUGAAGGAUUCCGCUGGGGAAUCCAUCCGUGCAGUUAUUGGUACUGAGAGGAGUGUUAGGCACAUGUUUUAUGUUGUUGCUGAGGAGUUUGUGAGGAUACAUGGUGCUGAGCAUUCAAUUCAUGCUGGUUUCAAAUGGAGGUCAAGGAGAGAGGUUGUGGAUUGGCUUACAUCUAUGCUCUCAAAGCAGCAUCUGCAGGGAGAUCGAUCUAAGUCACCGAAACAUGAAGUGCUGCUAGCAUUGGGAUCUCCCGGUUGGGCAACGAACGGGAUUAGUGCUCGAAAGGCCCAAGCACUGGAUGAUAUGGGCCAUCUUAAAAGAAAUUUGAAUGGACAAAGUUCUGCUGUUGUGUGGUCAGGCACUGCAUGGACAUGUGGUAAACAGCUCAAACAUUUCCCUGCAUUUUGUCGCAAUGGGACCACAAUAGCGAUUCAAUCCUUUGUUUUUGUCAUGGCUAAAGGAGAGAAUCACUAUCUGGCUUACUUGGAGGACAUGUAUGAAGACAAGCGGGGGCAGAAGAAGGUCAAAGUGAGGUGGUUUCACCAUACUAAGGAAGUCAAGGGUGUCAUUCCUGUAAGGAAUCCUCACCCAAAAGAAAUUUUCAUAACAUCUUAUUCACAGGUCAUUAGUGCAGAGUGCGUUGAUGGUCUUGCCAGUGUCUUAACUCGUGAGCAUUAUGAGAAAUGCUCAGCUGUGUUUCCUGAUGCUUUAUUAGCCAGAGUUCAUGUGUGCUUUAGGCAGUUCAGAAGUAAUAAAGUGAAGCCAUUCGAUUUGAGUAAAUUACGUGGCUAUUUUAAUCAACCGAUUCUCUCUUGUUUGAAUUCCAGUCUGUUCUUAGAGCCUGACUCCAUGAACCAUGGCCUAAAUUUAGAAGAGGAGGAAGAACUAAGCCCCAGUGAAAAUCUUAAGAUAGGAAAUAAGAGGACCAGAACUAACAGAAGUAGUCAAAGGUUUGUGACAGAUUCAGGAAACAGGAUUUCUGGCAACCACUUGAUGACUUAUGAAACUUCAUACAAGAAAAUAAAAUAUGCUUUGUCUGGAAAGAGAAUGCUUUCCCUCAAGCAUGCCGAGCGUCAACGUUUGUAUGGCUCAGUUUUCAAGGUUGAUGAAAAGAUAGAGUUGCUGUGCCAAGAUAGUGGCAUCCGAGGCUGCUGGUUUAGAUGUACAGUCUUGCAAGUAUCAAGCAAACAGAUGAAAGUUCAAUAUGAUGAUGUGCAGGAUGAAGAUGGAUGUGGAAAUCUUGAGGAAUGGAUCCCAAUUUUCAAGCUUGCCACGCGUGACAAACUUGGCAUUAGGUGCUCAGGCCGGAGUACAGUACGACCUGCUCCACCCAGCUCUCAAACAGUACUUGCUGUUGAGGUUGGGGCUGCUGUUGAUGCAUGGUGGAGUGAUGGCUGGUGGGAAGGGGUUGUAACUGGAGCCAACAGCAGUGGCGAUGAUAAUUUGCAAGUUUACUUUCCUGGUGAAAAUUUAUUCCUGAACAUACACAAAAAAGAUCUAAGAAUUUCCAGAGAUUGGGAUGGGGACCACUGGAUUGAUAUUGAGGCCAGACCCGAUAUACUCUCGGUGAUAUCUGCUUUAAUUAGCCCCGGUUUGGAAAUGAAAGUUUCCAUGUCCUCUACUGUUGUCACGGAUGCCAAGGUUGAUGAUGGCACAAUGCCAAUUGAAGUUGUUGCUGCCAAAACUGUGCUCAAUGUUGCUGAAGGGGAAAAGCCUGAGUUAGCUAAUCAGGACUGUUCUGAUAACGUCCUAGAAGACACUGGUGGUACAAAAGAUGAAAAAGAUGGGGAUGGUAGUGAUGGUAAGAAGCCUCCACCAUCAGAAAAUGGCAAUAAUGAAAAUGCUGACAAUGCCAACAUCAUUCAUGAUAAACUAAAUGGUGUGGAUGGUAACAAUGAAAACAACACCAACAACAGCAAUGAUGAUAAGGAAGCAAGUUAGAGAUGGAAAAUGACACGGUGCAGAACUGCAAAACUACAGAACUCGUGGAAUUGACUACUUAAAAUGUUUCUGAAGCAACUGAUUCUUUUGUAAUGGGGAUGGUAGUACUAAUUCUUCAGUUAAGACCUUCUGUAAAUAGUGACGCAAGCAUAGAAGGAAGUCAUCGUGUUUUGACUUGGUGGCCCUGGUCUGUAUACAGUAACAAGGUUAGUUUUUUGUGGUUUCUGUUGUAAUAAUUGUUUGUACUAGAAACAGGAUUUGCAUUAGAAGAUCUUUGGUUAGGAGCUCCUCUAAAAUGGAGCCUGUUCUUCCUCAGUUUCUUUAGUCAAGGGCUUUGCUUGUAUCUUGUAACCCCAAAUUUGUAUUCUCUUAAAAAUUAAUGAGAAUUAUCAUAUUUUCUUCA